AUGUACGGGGACUGGCAGGAGUCGUUCAGGUUGCUGCCGGCGCUGGCUGCAAGGUUCAUCGAGAUAGAUCCGGCUGAAAACUUCAAGAUUCAGACGGUAGACGGCUGUUUCAACCGCAUGUACAUUCAGCCGUCCGCUUCUCGCGGUUCACUUGGUUUUUGCCGCCCAGUUGUUGCACUGGACGGGAAGUUCCUAAUCAGUGCACAACGCGCAACUCUCCUCAUAGCCGUGGUCCUAGACGGUCACCAGAAGAUUCUGAUGCUGGCGUGGGCUCUGGUCGAAGGAGAGAACAAGGAUUCGUGGACCUGGUUCCUGCAACGCUUUAUGGAGAGCUUCCCGGAGUGGCCGCACCGUGAUGAUGCGUCCAUAAUCAGCGAUCCGUGGCAUCUCCAUCAGAAUGUUGUGAAGUUCGGUGAGGCUGCUGCUCUUUUCUAUUGGCGUCUUGUGAAAUGCAAGGACCGUGACAAAUGGGACGCCUUGAUCGCAGUAGGCCGCCGUGACUUCGCGCCAAUGGCGAACUAUCUCCUCGGCAUGGAGAUGCCGGCCACAGCUCCAUCACCGGCGGAUGCUAGUGAACCGCAACCCCGUGCUACCAUGGGUCGCGCCAACACUUCACGGGCGCAUGGGCGUGCGCCGGGUGCCGCGAACGGGCCGGGAGCCACUGCGACUGGACCUGGGCCUGCACCGACCGCGUCUAUUCGACUAUGCACGCAUCCUGCGUCGCAUCAGGACGGGUUACAUACCCAGCAACAUCUGGACGGACCCACCACGUGCAACAGGAUCAUGCGGAACCUCGAGCCAAGGGGGAGCGGAGCAGCCUGGGUGGGGGGGAACUCCUGCCAGGCAUUGGUCGUCAUCACUCUCGACCACCCGUGGCCAGAUGUUGGUAUGGGCAACCCCCGGGUUAACCUUGAAGCCGACAUUGAGGAGGACGACGUGGAGGAGGCAGAUGCAGAGGAUGCCGGGGCAGAGGAUGCUGAUGACCCAGCCACAGCAGAGGGGAACCAGGCCGCCACGGAUGAGUUUCCCGUUGAUAACACCCGAGAGGCCGGUGUCUCGGCUGGGGACCACACUACACAUGUCCGGACCGCACGUCUCUCUCUGGCAGCCAUGGCUAAGAAGCGCAAGACCGCAGCUGACGCUGCUACGGACGUCCCGCGGGAUGUGAAUGAGAUCCCGUACAUCGCCUGGAUCAACAAGCAGAUAGCGGCGGGCCGCAAACCCGCCGGCCCACUGCCUAAAGGUAUACCGUCUCUAGGAGCCACCUCGUACGAAGUGCCGCGCGACGUCCCCACGCGCGGGCGUCGGGACGCUGACAUGGUUGCGUCCUCGCGCAUCGUCGACAAUGACGCCUAUGACAAGGACGACGAUGAGGACAGCGACUACAACGAGUACGCCGUCGGCACCGACGACGAGGCUGACUCGGGGAAGGUGCCGGACAAGGGAAUAUCCGACUCUGAGGACGACGACGAGGGCGACGACUCCGAGGAUGAUGCUGACGCACCUGAAGAAACUCAGCCCGCGGCUCUGACCACGCGUGCCGGCCGACGAAUCGAGCCCCUGCUCGGGAAGCAGGGGUCCCAGUAUUGGGCGCGCCUUGUGCAUCACCUGGAGAAGGAGAACCCGGGGUGGGUUCGUGGUGUCAACGCCGUCCAGAAACAGUGGCGCAACCUCGUACAGUUUUACAAGACGCUCAAGAAGGCAGAGAAAGCGUCGGGCAAGGGUACCGUGUGCAAGCCUCCGUGGUUCCCGUACAUGGAGCUGUUCCUGUUCCCGCAUGCCGUGGCAGCUGGCGGCGCUACGAACUGCACCCCGCCCUCCAAGCGCCCGCGCGUGGCGGAGACGGCCACCAUGGCGGCCGCGAAGCUUGUCUGUGAGACGAUCAAGGGCUGCCACGACGACGCGAUGUGCAAGCUCGAAGGGCUUGUCCGCGCAUGGAUGCAGCAGGACGAGCGAAUUGCACGCGAACGCCUCCAGCAGUCUACGCCCGCCCCGCCUGCCCGCAACGGCGUGGCCGCGGACGCACCCCCCCAGACGACCCCGAACACCACCGUUGGCGGCGACAACGGCUGGUUCCGUCGCGGACAGACCGGGGACGCUGCUGCUAACCCGGACGAGGCUGAGGAAGUGUGGGUUCGCGGCGACGCCGAGUAA